AUGACAAUCUUGAAAGGGAUUGAAUUAUCUAAAGAUAUUUCUUUAUCAUCAGAAGAGAUACAAUGUGUGCAUGAAUCAUUAAUCGAUAUUAAAAAUAAAAACAUUUUAAAUUGGUCAUUAGAAGAUGUAUCUUUUUGGUUAAAAUCAAAAGAUUUGGAAGUAUUGGCUGAUAGUUUUUCAAAGCUUAAAGUUGAUGGCAAUUUUUUAUUGGGUAUCAAUGAAGGUGAUUUUAAUGGAUUGGGUAUUACAAACAAUAUUACAAUCGGUGAAAAGCUACAGUUUAAAAAGGCGCUCUUGAAACUAAAAAAGAAACAUAAUACUUUAAUCAACUCAGAGACUUCAAAUUUAUUUGUAAAAAAUGAACAGACAUCUCCGCUCCUUAAAAUAGAUUUUAAAGAUUAUAAUAUAACACCAGUCGGGAAAGGUGGUUUUGGUGAAGUAUUUAAAAUGGAACACAAAACAAAUGGGUCAACAAUGGCAAUGAAGCAAAUACUAAUAUCAAAAAAUAGAAAAGUAAAUUCAAUUUCCUCUGUAUAUAAAACAAGUGGUGCUUUCAAGGAAUCAAAUUGUAGAACUAUUAUAACAGGUGUAUUAAAUGCAUUGGUUCAUAUUCAUAGUGAAAAAGUAGUACACAGAGAUCUAAAAGGAGAUAACAUUUUACUAAAAGGUGACCAUCCAUACAUAAUUGACUUUGGCUUAUCUCAUAAAUUUGAUAGAGAAUCACAUUCAACAUUUUAUAGCAACGCUGGCACACACUUUUGGCAAGCACCAGAGGUUAGAUUAAAUAUUAUUGGUGAAUGUGGGAGAUCAAGUGAUAUUUGGAGUCUCGGUUGUACAAUCGUUGAAAUGUUAGUAGGUGGUAAUCCUUGGCCAAACAAUAAAAUUGAGGAUGAAAUCCACCCACCAAUCCCACCAAAUUUAUCAUUAAAUCUAAGAGAUUUUUUAAAUGCUUGUUUUUUAAUAUCACCUGAAGUCAGACCAUCUGCUAAAAAGCUGCUCAACCACCCAUGGAUUCAAGGUAAACCAAAUGCCAUAAAAUUAAUAACAAAACAAGAAAAUAUAACAUCAAAUUUACUUCUUAAUGAAUAUAUAUCGAAAGGUGCAUAUCAAACAUUAUAUGGUACGAAAAUAGAAAGUACUCCUUUUAACCUUACCCAAUAUUCCCAAUCAACUGAAUACAAACAGGAUCUAAAAGAUCAAGAAAAAGCAAAAUCCAAAUUGGGUCUAGAAAGAAAUUAA